UGAAAUCAUUAUUUUUAUCAACAAUCGUCAUUCGUGGCGAAAUAGAAAUAUCAAUAAUUUAUUUGUUUAUUAACUAAAUUAUAUUAGAAUUUCGAUAAUUCAAGUUUACUUCGAAGAUUUAUUUCAGAAGAAAAACACUGUCCUGAGCCGGUUAUGCGAGCAACAAAUAUAUAUAUCAGAUUUUUCUGUAUUUUUGUUUGAUUCAGUCGUCAUACAGAAGUCAAAAUGGGAAUAUCAAUAACUCGUUUCUCAGAUAUAACAAACAAUGAGGUGGUGGAGAAAUUCUGUUCAAAUGAGGUGAUAUGUCCUAAUGAUCCAUUCUGGAAUAAGUUCUUGUCCUUCAAUGUUCCCCUGCCAAGUAAUGUUGAUGAGCAAUUGCUAUUUGAUGCCAGUACCGAAGCUUUCUUGGAGAAGAUUCUACAGAACAAUCCACAGACAGGCAAUCUUGGAUCAUUGGUGAAAGUCUUCAUAACAAGAGCCACAGAAUUAUUGGCUACCCCUAAUACCGACAAUGUCAUGGCGGCGUGGCAUUGCUACAACGCCCUGUUCGUAAUACGAACGGUCACCAAGUAUCUGGUGGAAAUUGUGGCCGACUAUGAGCUGUGUAACCAUUUGGAUGCCCAACCGACAAUGGCUUCUCCACCCCCAUCGGCAGAGAAAGAGGAGCAAUCACAAACAGAGCCCACACAGAAAGCGCCGAACGCAGAGAGCCGAACUGAAAUGCUGGUUGAUGCAUUGAUAAGUGUCAUCAUUGACGUACCCGUAACGGAUAACACAUACUACCUACAUCUAGAAUGCAUCAAUUCUCUUUUGGUGCUUAUGUCUAUCUAUAUGUCCGCCAGCGCGGAGACCAAGGAGCUAAUAGACUUUUCGCCUAUUUACAUAACACUAUUUCAAAGUAGAUACAGUAUGCACGCCCCCCUCUUGGUCAAGACGCUUCUCAAUAACCUGUCAAAUAUGACUUCGGCACCGCCGCAGUACGGAGCUCGAGGUCCCGGAAGUGUGUUACUAAGUAUUGCCUCCAGUUUUUGGAAUCUGUUUUCGUUAUCGCCAUCCAACUCCAUACUCACGAGUCCACCGCAAGACCGCCACGAGUUACAAGAGAGGCUCAAAAGUGAUCACCCCGUCGCGAACCAGUCGUGCCUGCUGCUUUUGGCACUCACCAACUACAACAUCAACAGCAAAAACCUCUAUAGGAACGCGUUGUUGAAUUGUGAGGAUAGUAACGAUACCUCUACAAUAACACCACAAAAGGACGGUGGUGUUACGCAGGUGACGGCGCCGAGGAUAGACAUGGCGGCGCUCCAUAAAGCAUUGUGUGCGUCUGCAGCUUGUGAACAUUCCACCCUGCUGUUAUACUUGAUGCUGUACUCAUGCAAAGCAUACAAAAGGCAUGUUAGCACUGAGCCACAAAUUGAAAACUUGGUGGUGCCAAUACUACAAGUUCUGUACAAUGCCCCAGACAAUAACUCCCAUCAUAUUUAUAUGUCGCUCAUUGUACUGCUCAUACUGACAGAAGAUGAGAAGCUUAUCAAAAAUGUACAUUCUAUUAUGUUGAAAAACCUCGUUUGGUACACGGAACGGACGCUGUCGGAGAUAUCAGUGGGUGGCCUGAUGGUAUUGGUGGUAGUGAGAGCGCUACAGUACAACAUGGCGCGAGUUCGGGACAAGUAUCUGCACACUAAUUGUCUUGCGGCUAUUGCCAAUAUGAGCUGUGAGUUCAGAAACCUUCACCCUUACGUCGCGCAAAGAUUGGUGUCACUGUUUGAAACGUUGUCCAAAAGAAGAGCCAGACUUUGCACAGAAAUUGAAGGAGGUGAUAUAAACAGCAUAGAGCUGCCGCACCACGCCGAGGAGAAAACAGAAGAAAUUAUGGAGCACAUAGCGGUGCUGGAUGAAGUGCUGCGGAUGUUGUUGGAGAUCAUCAACUCGUGCCUGACUCACCAGCUGCCCACAAACCUCAACUUGGUGUACGCGCUGCUUCAUAAGAAGGAUCUUUUCGAGCAACACUCUCAUCACCACAUCGCGCAGAACAUUGAGAUGGUGAUUGGAUACUUUUCGACACGACUUCAGCGAGUUCAAGAUGGCUCCGGUGGUGAACUCGGAGUCAAUGAAGUGUUGAACUGUAUCAAGAAGGGGGCCGAGCAGUGGUCGAGUGACAGACUCAAGAAAUUCCCCGAUCUGAAAUUCCGCUACGUAGAAGAGGAGAACCCAGAGGAGUUCUUCACUCCGUACGUGUGGUCCCUCAUCAGGAACUGCGGGAACAUCUACUGGUCCAGCGAGUGUGCGGCGCAGUUCUCCAGCAACCCGCUCGCGUGAUCUGUGGGUUUCUUCUAUAAUCCAGUUGGAAGCUCCUUUGCACAGGCAGCCGGCUAGAUAACGGGAACCAUUGGGGCGCCUUCUCCUGCCGUGAAGCAUUAAUGUGUAAGCAUUAUUGUGUUUCGGUCUGAAGGAUGUCGUAGCUAGUUAAAUUAUUGGGAAAAUGAGACUUUACAUCUUAUAUCUCAAGGUGAUGAGCGCAAUUGUAGUGCUGCUCAGAAUUUUUGGGUUUUUCAAGAAUCCUGUGCAGUAUUGCUUUGUAAUGGUCAGGGCGUAUCAUCAGCUGAACGUCCUGCUCGUCUCGUCCCUUACAGUUAAAAAAAUAGAGCUACGGGAUUUGCCAAAGAGAGGAUCCCAAUUGUUAACACUGAUAACAUUGUAAUUAACCUUUUAUGUUUAUACAAGUGAUCUUAAAUAAUUUAUACGUCUAGAUAAAAUAGCCUCUUGCUGUUAGUCAACGCAUGUCAAUAAGCCAGGUUUGUUACUUUAGUGUGCUUGACAAUUACGUCUUACACUCGCGAUACGUCAGUCACUUGGUUUAAGUGUGCGUGCGAUGCUGAUAAUAGAGCUUAACAGUUAGCCGCUAUUAUUUUUGAAAUUUUCACAGCUGUCACAGUCUUAUCUUGGCGUAUAAACUAUCAGAGCUAGUAAUUAUAUAAAAUUAUCUAUGAGUUAUCUUAAGUGUUAAUUUCAGUAAGUUUAGAAAUUCAAAUAUUUGUAUUCAAAUAGUAAAAAACUACCAUUUCAAUAUAAUAUAUGCCUCAGACCUGUAAAGAACUCAACAGCCUUCUUUUUUUUUAAUAAAAUUGCAUAAUAAAUAAUUUAUAGUAAAAUGGGCGGUCACUCUAUUCCCAAUCUGUGGUAUCAAUUAGAAAGUCAUUUAUUUUACAGCAACAUUGACCACAUAAACGUUUUUUAAGAGUUAUUUUCAAUUUCAUAACAUAUAUUUUGUUUAAAAUUUCGUCACAUAUUUGUUUCAUUUACGUAAAUUGUUCUGCGAUCAUGUUGUGAAAGCAUAAUAUACAUCACCCAAUAAAAGACUUACUGACUCGUAUCGUCCGGGAAUCUAAUUUCUCUUAGAUUGCUUACUAUCAGUAGUUUUU